CUCAAAGCACAGCUAUUCAGUCACAGACUGUACAGUCAGAGUUUCUGUCAGAGAGUUGGGCCUUAUUUCCAACAUUUUCUGUUCAAUUGCUUUUCCUUGAGCACGCUGAAUAUGCUUCAACUUUUCUUUGGAUUUGUUUAUUUCUCGGCAGUUUCACAGCUUGUGAGUCUCACAGGUGCACAAGCUGAAUGUCCUCUUCAGCUCAACCCACAGAGAGUUGUUGUGAGAUACGGCGAUUCUGUUGCAGCUAACUGUAGCACUUCAGUCCUGCAUGAAGGGAUGGGAUGGGAAGCCAGUGAGGGAGCAGUGCCCAUGACCAAAAACCAGAGUCUGAUCACAUGGAGAGUGUCAGAACUGAAAGAAUGGGACAUAAAGCCAGUCUGCUUCAUAAACUAUAAAAUAGGCGAUAAGAAUCAGUGUCCAGUAGAGCUGCCAGUCACUGUUUACAAGACUCCAGACAGUGUGUUCAUCAGUGUGAAUCACAGCGGACCAAUGAAGGAGAGAGAGCCGUAUGAGCUCCAGUGUGACGUUCACAAUGUGGCUCCUACACUCCUGAUCCGUCCAGACAGAGCUGAUGAUGGAGCUCAAUACAGGUGUGAAGCAGAGCUGGAUCUGGGAGCAGAAGGACCUCAACCUCAUCCAACAAUUUCAUCAAAACCUCUUAAUGUUGAAGUAUACUAUAAACCACAACACUCCAGUUCAACAGAGACCAUCAUUAAAGACGAUAAGGUCAUGCUAGAUUGUACAGUGAAGGCAAACCCGGCCCCUACGUACACAUGGGAUCAUCUGAAAGAGAAGAACAGCUCCUCAGAGCUCAAGUCCUCAGCACUCAGUCCAGGAAACUACACAUGCACCGCCACAAACGCUCUGGGAAGAGACAGCAAAGUGUUCAUCGUCAAAUCUACAGGUAUUCGUCCCACAUUCUGGACUGUUCUUACUUUUUUCCAGUUGUCGGUUGCAUUGAUUACUAUCAUGUAAAUAAUAGUCACACAACAGAGAUAAUUAGUCACAGUAUUGUAUUUUCUUUCUUUCUACUCUGCUGGGAAUUCAUAAAAAUGUGUUGACUUGUAGUGGUUCAUCAGCCAUACAUAUGAAGUCAGUGGGAACCACUACAACACAUCACUUUUAUUUAUAAAUAAAUCCCUGCCUUUAGAUGUUAGCAUGAAAUUAACAUCUGACAAUAACUGGAAAGUGUAUUUUCAUGAAUGUUCAUUUGAAUUUUUUUACUUUUUUACUGUUCUCCUAAGCUUUUCCUCACUGCUGUAUGACAAAUUCAUUUUACAGAACAAAUAUUCCAUUUUGUCUCUUAAUUAAUAUGAGGGUAUAUAAAGUUGCACGUUUGAAAACAUUACAAUAUUGCAUUAGUAAUAUAGUAUAUGGUUUGCCACCCUGUAACACGGCAUUUAGAAAGUAUUUAGCAUAUACUGUAUGUAUAUUCAUUGCACUGUGUAUUCAUUGCACAGAGCAGCUUUUAAAAUUCUUCUGUAUUCGGUGUGAAUGUGAGCUGAGCACAAGAUGAGCACUCAGACUGCACAGGGCGUCAACUACCAAGGGGGACAUCUCAUUUCCCUCGGCCCCCACCUCCAAAAGCUUCCCCCCCCCCCGAUGUACAUCCUUUUGGCUAGCGGAUGCCCUUUAGGAUGUUUUGGAAAACACAAGAAAAUGUAUUUUGAGUGGUUGAACAGCAGCAAAAUAAAUGUUGAC